AUGGCGAAGGAGAACGUCGUGAGGGCAACGGUCAACUACAUGGACCAAAACAGAUGUCUGGCAACCGCCGAUGCUGGCACGAGCGGCACACAUUCCCACGACAGCGGGAGUUCCCCCAUCAGCGACUCGUACUACAUGGGACUCGACAGGUAUGCGUUUACGAAGAACUAUGACAACUAUCUAUCGGGGCAAACAACAGAACUCACCGCAAUCGCCGCACCUACUGGUAGUGGCCCAGUUCCGUCAGCGCCUUCGCAGCGGGAGGGGCAGUAUGGGAACGCUGGCGUUGAUGAGCGGCGUCGAAUUCAGCUGUGGAAGACGACGACCAACACGGCGCUAUUUGCGCCGGACCCCACGUCACCUGGGAACCGGAGCUGUAAGGAUCACUACAGGGUGCCACCACCCAAAUCGCCCACCCCUCCACUGGAGAGCCAACCCGGCCCCACGAAAGGCAAACGCCAGCGACCACGGAAGCCGAGGCCGCCCGACACCCGGGCUUCACAGCACGCGACUCCAUCUCCUGCCACCAAAUCUCCUCCACCCCCGUAUCCUGGAGCGGGUACCCCCGGGCCUUCCAAGCGAGGCCUCACUCCGCCGGGACCUCCCACCGAGAGGUCUCCAUCGAGGCAGGGCCCAACUGCCUCCUCCACGUCACACCCGCCGCCACCCGGACUCCAGCCUGCUGCCCAAAGGGAACUGACAUGGGCUGCUCGCAUCCGACAAGGACCUCAGGCAAAACUUCCCGACUGGACUAAAUUCCGAUUUGAGUACACCAAUUCGAUCCCCAUACCCCACCAGGGCUAUGCCACCUGGUCUCAACACCUCGUGUCGUCACUUCGUCACACCGAGCAGACAGUUCAACCCUCAGAGACCACACCUGCAGUGGACAACCACCUCCUGCACCUCUGGGAGGCUCGGCACAGCCUAGUCCGCCGCUGGCGCCGACAGAAACACAACCGAAAACUCAAACUACGAAUCGCAGCCCCCACCCAAUAA